GAUAUUGAAUGAAUGUGCAUACACUGCUACUUCCACGGUUUCAAAAAAUGGCAGAAAAAGCAUUUGAAACCCCUCCUAGAAGUAGUUCUGAAAGUUCACCAAUACUAGCCUCUCCAAUGGCUACUCCUUUGAGAAAGGUGUUCAAUAGAAUUUCGGGUUUUGCUUCAUCUUGGGGCAGGAAAACAGCUCCCCGGGGUGGUAGGAUUUUCCAUGGGGAUGUGGAACAGGAAGAAUUCCAGUACGCAAGUACUCAGUGUCUCUCAUCAUACUACAGUGUUUUUGUAGCUCGCCUUGCCAUCAUGGUCAUGCUAGCUAUUUUGAUUGGGCUGCUAACCAUUCUAACAUGGCAUUUCACAAGGAUCUACACAACAAGAUCACUAAACACCUUAGCUUUCGGUCUUCGUUAUGAGCUUCUUCAGCGGCCUAUCUUACGGAUGUGGAACAUCUUGAAUUCUACCUCAGAAAUAACAACUGCCCAGGUCAAGUUGUCAGAAUAUGUAAUCAAGCGGUACAGCAAGCCCACCACUCAGGCAGAACAAGUUGAGCAGCUGUAUCAAAUGAUGAAAGAUGUAACAUGGGCACUAUUUGCCAGCCGGAAGGCUCUCAAUGCCAUAACCAUAAAUUACAAAAAUGGAUUUGUCCAGGCAUUCCAUAGAGACCACAGGAGUAACAACACAUUUUACAUCUACUCUGAUCUUGCAAAUUAUUCAAUCAGUACCAGUGAGUCUUAUAACACCAAACAGCUCACAUCGCGACAAGGGUGGAACGACCAAUUCUUUCAUGGUAAUUUUUCUGCGAUCUGGUACCGCGAACCACUUGAUCCUGUCACUGGAGAGAAGACAGGAAAGGCACUGCCAAUUCCACCUGAUGAUCUUAUCAACAUAGCAGGCCCUUCACAAGUGCCUGACGGGGUAGCUUCAUGGCAUGUGGCAGUGAGCAAGUACACAGAUUCACCGUUGCUUUCAGCAGCUCUUCCUGUGCGGGACGCUUCGAACAGAAGUAUAGUGGCAGUUGUAGGUGUCACCACAGCACUUUAUAGUGUAGGCCAGCUGAUGAAAGAACUGGUUGAAGUGCACAGCGGGUACAUAUAUUUGACCUCACAAGAGGGUUACUUACUGGCUACAUCCACAAAUGCUCCUCUGUUAAAAAAUACAACAAAGGGGCCUAAGCUUAUGAUGGCUGUUGAUUCAGAGGAUCAUGUGAUACGAAUGGGAGCCCAGUGGCUACAGAAUGCCUAUGGAAACAAGUUCCCUCCUGGUCAUGUGGUUCAUGUGGAGAAAGCCAAUCUUGGCGGCCAGCAUUAUUACAUUGAUUCAUUUUUUCUAAACCUAAAAAGACUACCUAUGGUUGGAGUCAUCAUCAUUCCAAGAAAGUAUAUAAUGGGGAAGGUUGAUGAAAGAGCCUUGAAAACCUUGGUCAUAUUGAUAUCUGCAUCUAUAUGUAUCCUAGUCAUUGGAUGCGUCUGUAUUUUGAUACUGACAAAUGGAGUAUCAAAGGAAAUGAAACUCAGAGCAGAGUUGAUAAGCCAUCUUGAUGCCAGAAGAAGAGCAGAAGCAUCAAGCAAUUAUAAAAGCCAAUUCCUUGCAAAUAUGAGUCAUGAACUAAGGACGCCUAUGGCUGCUGUUAUUGGUUUGUUGGACAUUCUUAUCUGUGAUGACUGUCUUACAAAUGAACAGUAUGCAAUGGUUACCCAGAUCCGUAAAUGCUCAACGGCUCUACUCCGGCUUCUCAACAACAUAUUGGACUUGAGCAAGGUUGAAUCUGGAAAACUGGUGUUAGAAGAAACUGAGUUUGACUUGGGACGGGAACUUGAAGGACUCGUUGAUAUGUUCUCUGUGCAGUGCAUUAACCACAAUGUGGAGACUGUUCUGGAUCUCUCUGAUGACAUUCCAAAAUUAGUUAGAGGAGACUCUGCCAGAGUUGUUCAAGUUUUCGCAAACCUAAUAAGCAAUUCCAUCAAGUUCACAACAUCUGGUCAUAUCAUCCUGCGCGGAUGGUGUGAGAAUUCCAAUGUGUCUAGUGAUUCUGGGAAGUUCUCUCCCGAUCGGAAGAAAUCACUGUCUGCACUAAGGACAAAGUUGAAGCAACAUGGAAACCAUAUGAAGAAGGCCAGCAAGAGAGACAACAAAAUGAUUCUUUGGUUUGAAGUUGAUGACACAGGCUGCGGAAUUGAUGCAAGCAAAUGGGAAUCUGUGUUUGAGAGCUUUGAGCAAGCUGAUCCUUCAACAACUCGGACGCAUGGUGGCACAGGUCUUGGACUAUGCAUUGUGAAAACUUUGGUUCACAAGAUGGGUGGAGAAAUCAAGGUUGUGAAAAAGAAUGGUCCAGGUACUCUAAUGAGACUAUUCUUGCUUCUCAGUACUCCUGCAGAUGGCACAGAACAACAUGGUCAAGUGGAUUUUGCAAAGCACAGUGUAGCAGUGAUCCUUGCACUAAACGGCAGCAUGGGUAGAUUGAUUAUGUCCCAGUGGUUGUCUAGAAAUGGAGUACCCACUUUGGAAGCAUCUGAGUGGAAUGAACUGACACAAAUCCUUCAUGAACUGUUUCAUGCCAGGACUCGUAAUUGUGGUUUUGAUUCUCAUUAUUCGCUAAAUGAAACUCUGAGAUCUAAAGUACACAGUAUACAAGACAUGAGGAACCCAGUUUACAUUAUAGUUGUUGAUCUGGGGCUGCUUGACUUGAGCACAGAUAUAUGGAAAGAACAGCUUAAUUUUCUUGACAAAUUCUCUGGCCAAGUGAAAUUUGCAUGGAUGCUGAAUCAUGAUACUUCCAAUGCUAUAAAGAUGGAGCUCCGCAGGAAAGGACAUAUAUUGAUGGUUAACAAGCCAUUAUACAAGGCAAAAAUGCUUCAUAUUUUGGAAGCUGUCAUAAAGGAGAGAUACGUUGAACUUCAAAAGAGAAGUACAAAUGGAACAAAAGGUACAGCAAAAGCAGGUGAUUCUCAUGAAUGUCUCGAGAUCGAUUCAUCUCAUUUUGAGACUUGCAGCUCCGAUGAUUCUGACAAUUCUGAAUCGGGUGGCACUAAUUCUGUAAGUUCUGUGCAUACUGGAGACGAAACAAGAGAAGGAACUGUGAAAUCCAGUCCAUCAAAUUGCCAGACACUUAAGAACUGCCUAGUUGAAUUCACGCAUUUAGGUCCAGAAGUAAAUGAUCUUAGGGCAGAAGAAGAUCAGUGCAAUGCCAGGCCUAAGUUACAUGAUACCGAAGAUGCCAAAUCUGAAAGUUCCAAUUCCCCAGAACAACAUUCUGUCAGCAGCAGUACUAAAGAUAGAGAUGAUUCAUAUACAAGUAAGGCAGCAAAUGGACAGAAAUCUCUUGAAGGCCUGCGGAUACUGCUUGCAGAAGAUACACCAGUUCUCCAAAGGGUAGCAACCAUCAUGCUGGAAAAAAUGGGAGCUACAGUAAUUGCUGUUGGGGAUGGACUGCAGGCAGUAGACGCCCUGAACUGCAUGCUCAACGGAGAAGAGUAUAGAAGGGACUCCUCAUUGCAAGAAAGGAGGAACAGACUACAGACAGAAAUUAGUGAUUCUCCUCCAUAUGAUUUGAUCUUAAUGGAUUGCCAAAUGCCAAAGAUGGACGGAUAUGAAGCGACAAAAGCAAUCAGAAAAUCAGAAGCAGGAACCGGUUGGCACAUACCUAUUGUUGCCUUGACAGCCCAUGCAAUGUCAUCAGAUGAAGCAAAAUGCUUGGAGGUGGGCAUGGAUGCUUAUCUAACAAAGCCAAUUGACUACAAGUUGAUGGUGUCCACCAUUCUUUCACUCACCAAAAGAUCAGCCUAAUGCUCCCUGCCAAGCAAAGAGCUAACCAAAGAAAAAAUGUCCUAGCUUGUUUCUUGGAAAAAAAACCAAGCUUUAACACGUGUUACUGUACCUAGGAGUAUAACCAAUUUUCCUGUCACAGUCUUCAGUGUGAGAGUGGUAAUAGCCUAAUGCAUGGCUAGUUUCUUUAGUUAAUAAUGUAAUAUGACAAUUUGUGUAUAACUCAAUGCCCAAGUAUAAAUCUAAG